UUCCUCACUGCCAUUCUACACUUCUCUAGACCCUCAUAGUCGGUUCAUCUCUCUAACUCUUAUCAACUUCCUUAGCUCGCCAUUGACUGGGUGUUCCUGUCGUUGCUGUUGCUUCAUUUGCUGCCAUUCUUCUCGUUCGUGUACGCCAGCCAUAGUGGAGUUAGGUUGCUGAUUCUCUUUCCCUGUCAUCGUGCUGUUCUGUGUCAGCGAGAGGUGAGUAGUACUCUACUUUUCUUGCCACCGAGAGUUGCUGAAAUUUCUGUCGCUACUUCACGUUUUCCUGUCGUUCUCCUCAUGAAAUUUCUGCCGCUGCUUCACGUUUUCCUGUCGUUCUCCUCUGUUCUGUGUCUGCGUGUGCGUGGGUGUGUUUGUUCUUCAUUUUCCUUCCUUUUCAGCUGCUGGCUGUUUGCUUCCAGGUGUGUGUCCACCUCCUCCCUUCGAUUGUCAUUGAAUUUGAGUUGGCAUCAUUGUGAUUGUGGCUGCCGUGAAGAACCUUCUGAAUUUAACCACUUGUUUCCACUCUUCUUUGUCCUACGCUCUUGGCGCACCAUGGUGCACCUAACUAGCAGGGUGUUUGUAGGAGGUGCUAGCCCCGUGCACAGGCCAACGUACGUGAAACGGAGUUAUGGAUAUUCGGCUUUAUUGCUUUUGGAUGAUGGAAGCACGCUUCAAUUAUAUAUUUUAAUGUAAAUAUUUAUUAUUUUAUACAAUGAUAGUUAGUGCUCCACAUAUGCUGUAAUUAGGUCUUAGUUUUAUUUUGUUGAUAUGUAAUCUGUUGCUAUGGAGCUAAUCUCCUUUACUGGAUUGAUUGGCCUGGUUUUGCUAUUCUAGGAAUUUUGGGAGGUCCAAAUUAGAGAGGAGGCUCUGUCAAAACUUUUACAAACACUCGAGACUUUACGAACCUUAUAAACACACAUAAAAAUUAUAUAUGGAUAAUUUGGCUUAAUUUUUGGUUAAUUAAGACUUAUGGAAUGUGCGGUUAUCUCAUAUUCCGUGCCAGUCAUACCCUUAAAACCGAGGUGUGACAAUAUAUAACUUAUAUAUCGAUAUUUUAAUUUAACCUUUGACUAAUCAAGGCUUAUGGAAUAUGAGUUUACCUUAUAUUUCAUGCCAGUCAUACCUAUAGUAUUAGGGUGUGACAAUUUUCUUUGAG